UAUAAUGGACAAAAAAUUUAAUCUCAUUACUUCUCAUUCCUACUUGCAAUAACGAACUCGGUUCUGUGGACUAGAAUUAGAAGAACUAUUGCAUAGAUUUAUUCCACGGUAAACCUAACAUUAUUGCUUCCAGCAGAAUUAAUUUCUAUUGAUGGCGGGGUGAACUAACCCAAUUAAACCACAUCCCUCAUACAUUUCCCAACCAGCGUUAUCUAUUUUCGCGCCCGUGCCAACUUUCUCUCCACAUGUGUCUCAUAUUCGUGUACAAUUUCCAUCCACAGUGCCAAAAUAUUCAGGACCGCAACAACACGGUUGAGCUGUGGAGCGGCGCUGCACAGUACUGCCUCCUGGUGGGAAACUACAACAGCGCCACGGCCAUCCUGGAGUCACUGGAUAUACCGCCCAUCGCUAGAUUACAAAUCACGUGGAGUAAACUUUCGACGACGACCAGCCAACAAUUGGACUGCAUGCAGCGUCACGCGGAAGGUUGUGGCAAUUUAUGGAGCAAACAAACGGAAAGUGGCACCGGUGUGAAUAAAAAGCGAAAACCAUCGUCAGCAUCACCAUCCACGUCAUCCAUCUCCAAGUCAAAGUCCAACGAGUGGGUAGUCGUACCGGUGUUCGUGGACAUUGUGAAACUAGCCCUUAAAUCCAGAGAGGACUGCUGCAUUAGGCUCCCAAACGGACACAUAAAUAUUACAGCUUGCGAUCGGUUGGCCGCAAUCGCCGGUGCUUUCACGAGGCACAUGUGCCAGGUCAAUCAAACACUGCCGGAUGUUGGCGAAUUUGCACACCUCUGCCGUUAUAUGCAAUCGUGCAAACUGCUGAACGAAACAGAACUCAUGCUGGCAUCGUUCGAGUGCGAGGAGCCAACGAUAGCCGAGAAGGAGCUAUACGACGUUUCAUAGCAUCACUGCUCCUGGAUUGGCAGCAUUUCGAUCGAGCCCAUCAGGACCGGGCAAACUAUUUGCAUGUUAUACGCAGAUUGGAGGGGUGUGUCCUCUCAUCUACUGUCUUUUUGCGGCAAGUAGAAAGCUGCUGGUACUGUGACCGAUGGUAUACCAAGAUUUUGCCCCCAUUCCUUCCGCCGGCUGGUUGUGGUAGCAGCUGCUCGACAGACAAUGCACCAGUGUCGUGUCGUGUCGUGUCGAAUCGGUUCGAGUAACGAGUUUUAAUAUGCCAAUAUAUAAUCAGGACGAGACGUGCACGCUCAAUAGCGAAGCUAUUCUACACUAAAGUAUGUGCAAAUGAACAGAAAUGAAUAAAUAUUAGGAUUUUGUGCUGUAAUAAAUUCUAUGAAAUGUAUGUGAUUAGCUUGUAACAAUAAUGCAGCAAAAGAAAGUUUCCUGCUAGGCGAUUUGAUUACUUUGACAUAGUGAAGCUGAUCCUUUUUAAUUCAUUAUUAAUUAAGUUUGAUUCUGUGGAAACGUUUAUGACCGUUAGGUUAAUAUGGAAAUUUGCCGUGAGAAGUUCGAAUUAAAGAUUCGAGAAACCUGAAAAACGAAUUGUACCAAACCAAACGAAUAUUGAAGUGAGUAUUAAUAAAGUUAGUUGUAAUAGUAUAUAAAAGGGGUUUGUUUUAAUAUAACACAU